AUGCUGAAGCCGGGGGACCCCAGCGGCUCGGCCUUCCUCAAAGUGGACCCCGCCUAUCUGCAGCACUGGCAGCAGCUCUUCCCGCACGGCGGCGGCGGCCCGCUCAAAGGCGGCGGCGCUGCGGGGCCCCUGGGCGCGCCGCAGCCGCUCCCGCCGCCCCCGGACCGCGCCGACCCUGCGCCGGACGGUCUGCGCCCGCGGCCGGGCUCGCUCUCCGCCGCCUCCACGCCGGCGCCCGCCUGCUCCUCGGCCUCCUCGGCCUCGUCCUGCGCCGCGGCCGCCGCGCUGGCGGGACUCUCGGCCCUGCCGGUGGCGCAGCUGCCGCUCUUCGCGCCCCUGGCCGCCGCCGCGGAGCCGCUGCCCCCCAAGGACCCCCUGUGCCUCGGCGCCGCCCCGGGCCCGGGCCCCGCCAAGUGCGCCGGCGGCGCUGGGGACGGCCGGGGCGCCCCGCGCUUCCGCUGCAGCGCCGAGGAGCUGGACUAUUACCUGUACGGCCAGCAGCGCAUGGAGAUCAUCCCGCUCAACCAGCACGCCAGCGACCCCAACAACCGCUGCGACAUGUGCGCAGACAACCGCAACGGUGAGUGCCCGAUGCACGGGCCGCUGCACUCGCUGCGCCGGCUCGUGGGCACCAGCAGCGCCGCAGCCGCCGCGCCUCCGCCUGAGCUGCCAGAGUGGCUGCGGGACCUGCCGCGGGAGGUGUGCCUGUGCACCAGCACCGUGCCCGGCCUGGCCUACGGCAUCUGCGCGGCGCAGAGGAUCCAGCAGGGCACCUGGAUUGGGCCCUUCCAGGGCGUGCUUCUGCCCCCUGAGAAGGUGCAGGCGGGUGCAGUGAGGAACACGCAGCAUCUCUGGGAGAUUUAUGACCAAGAUGGGACCUUACAGCACUUUAUUGAUGGUGGGGAACCUAGUAAGUCGAGCUGGAUGAGGUAUAUCCGGUGUGCAAGGCACUGCGGAGAACAGAAUCUAACAGUAGUUCAGUACAGGUCGAAUAUAUUCUACCGAGCCUGUAUAGAUAUUCCCAGGGGUACCGAGCUUCUGGUGUGGUACAAUGACAGCUAUACGUCUUUCUUUGGGAUCCCCUUACAAUGCAUUGCCCAGGAUGAAAACUUAAAUGUCCCUUCAACGGUAAUGGAAGCCAUGUGCAGACAGGACGCCCUGCAGCCCUUCAGCAAGAGCAGCAAACUCUCCCCUGCCACCCCACAGCGCUCCAUCGUUUUCCCACAGACUCCCUGCACCAGGAACUUCUCUCUCCUGGACAAGUCUGGGCCCAUGGAGUCGGGAUUUAACCAAAUCAACGUGAAGAACCAGCGAGUCCUCGCGAGCCCCACGUCUACCAGCCAGCUGCACUCCGAGUUCAGUGACUGGCACCUUUGGAAGUGUGGGCAGUGCUUUAAGACUUUCACACAGAGGAUCCUCUUACAAAUGCACGUGUGCACGCAGAACCCCGACAGACCUUACCAAUGCGGCCACUGCUCCCAAUCCUUUUCCCAGCCUUCAGAACUGAGGAACCACGUGGUCACUCACUCCAGCGACCGGCCUUUCAAGUGCGGCUACUGUGGGCGCGCCUUUGCCGGAGCCACCACCCUCAACAACCACAUCCGAACCCACACUGGAGAAAAGCCCUUCAAGUGCGAGAGGUGUGAGCGGAGCUUCACACAGGCCACCCAGCUGAGCCGACACCAGCGGAUGCCCAAUGAGUGCAAGCCAAUAACCGAGAGCCCAGAAUCAAUCGAAGUGGAUUAACUGAUUGACUGGUUGGAAUUAAACUGCAAGGAAAGUCAUGAUUAAAUGUCAUGGACACUUAAGCAAAACCAAAGAUUUCCUCUGAGCAACUUUCAAUCAGUCCCAGAAAACCAAAAGCAGUAAUAAAAUAAGUAAGAUGUUAAGAGAUAUUGAUCCUGGCAUGGAAGUCAGACCAGGAAAGAGAUUAUUUAUUUAUGACUAGGGAUGAGACUUACUUCAGUGGACACUUAACCUGGGAUGGCUAACACUUCCAAUCCCACCAUGUAUUUGCUUUGUUUCUAAAAAGCUUUUUUAAACUGUUAUUUAAUACCAAAGGGAGGAAUCAGGAAACGUAUGGGUUCCUCUGCCCACAGUCGUGACUAAGAAUGCACAGGGACUUGUUUCUCUUGCACCUUUUUUUAGUAGCAUGAUUCAAGGAGACCCACUGUACAGUCCUUCUUUCUGCCAUUUUGUUCAGCCUGGCCUGAUGUGGCUGCCACAGCAGGGACUUCGGAAACGGAAGCAAGAUGGCACCGUCUCUGUCAGCACCAUCUUCAGCCUCACGGGCCUUCCAUUUCUGUUUUCCAUGCUCACUUCUCACACACUUUCCGCAUGGCUCCUUCCAUCCAGCAGCCUGAUCUUGACGCAGAAGAGCCUGGAAAAAAAAGAAAAUGGUUUAAAUCUCAAAAUUCAAGGGAAAAAAUAAGGGGGGAGACUUAACGUUGUCCUGUCGGAAUUUCAAAAACAUUUAAAAUGUACGGAGCUUCAUAAUACAGUAUAUUGUUCUGAAGCAGCUAGUUGAGAAAAUUUUGUUUUCAGUAAUGAUUUAGCUUAAAAAUGAAAAUAAAGUUCUUCAGUAUGAGGCUGAAUGUGCGGUAUGAGGCUUCAAGUAAUUUUUCUGUUGCGUCUGUAAACAUGUUGGAUACAUGAGCCAAGGCAGUGCCAAGCCUCUUUGUCAAGGUCCUUGUAGGCAAUUUCUUCUUCCUUCCUCAUACAGGUGAGAUCUGAGUGUGGGGGGAGUAUUUGUGCAGAAACAGGUGAAAAUAACCCAGACUGGAAGCACUGAGAGGCAGCCACAGAGAGGGUUGUGGGUAGAACAGACUGCCCAGGAACUAGCUCAUUUUAUCAAUACGAAUGAUAUGUUUAUCUCCUCUGGUCUUUGAUACUCUUCUUCCUUCAACAUUAAUUCAUUGAAAGAGAAAAGAUGAUGUACAGAAUGUCAGUGUUCUUUGAGUGUUAAGAAAAAGCUUGUUUCACUUCAGCUAGCCUUUUGGUCAUUCUGCAAUGGUACUCAACAAAAUUGGGUCACAGUCCACGAAAUGGUCCAACAUCAGAAGAAGUGGCACCUCCCGUCAUUAGCUUCCUACAGCAUUGCCGAGAUGGGGUCAACCUUGAUAAAACUGCAUGGUUUGAUAGCGAGUACUUAACAGCAGCAAUCUCUGUGGAUUUCCUGGUCACUGGAUAACAAGACAAAGCCUCUUUUAAGGAACUCAUGCUCUCUUAGCCCUGCCUUCCAUUGUCUUCCCCCAACAAAAAGACAAGAGACAGAGUUGAACUGACCAGUCGAAGAAAAGUACUGUGUGGUUCAUUUUAAUCUAUCAUCAUGAAUUUGCUUCUCAGAAAAUCUUCCUUGCCUUUCCAUUUUGCUUCCCUAUCCUUUAGUGCCCAACUACCACAUUUAAAAUGGAGUAAAACUGGUUUUUACUGGUUGUGUUUGUAAUUUAUGUAUCUGUACCUCAAAAUCCAUAAGAAUGGAGGAAGUUGACUGAUUCUUACCUGUUUCCCAGACUCAAGUCACUUACCUAAAAUUCCCCACCCCCCAUUUCUUGUGGGUUCCUGGUCAUAGAAGGGUAAGCAAUUGUGCUUCCAUGUAACUUUUGCUGGUUGAAAGUGUUCUCUCUGGUAGCUAGGAAUAUGAUCUGACUUUAUCGUUCAGUGUCCUAUGUGAUGGAGACAUUUGCCCACAAUAUGUGCCCUCGGGGUAUGUAGCCAUAUUAACCCAAAUCCUGUAAGAAAAUAACAGAUCUGCUGCACAGAUGCCAAGUUGUUCCAUUUAUUAAGGUUGAAACAUUUGGUUGUACUUUUGGAAAAUGAUAUUAAUGGACAGCUCACCUAUAGUUUGUGUAUUGCUUUUACUAAGAAACAUCAGUUCAGCUAUUUCCUUCUUAAUAUAACACAACUUACACCCCUUGGCACUUAUGAGCAAGAGCAAGAAUGGGAAGCCUGGCGCCGCUCUGGAUUUCUAUCAUGAACAAUGGAAUUGUUCUAUCCACUCUCGUGGCUUUGCCGGCUGAUCCCCAACUUCCACUAAAUAUGGCAGUAACUUCUAUACCAAAAGGAGUAUUCUGCUUCUUUUAAGUCUGUCUGAUUCUUUUGUUAUUAAGAGAGAUCUUUGCAUGCAUUUCCUACCUAUUCUAUCAGAAAACUUUCUCCUUAACAAAUAGAAAACUCAGGAUGGUCGCAGUUUUCACCUUGCUGAGCCAUUACUUGCUUCUAGCAGAGCAGCCUAACUCAUCUGUCACAAGACAGGACAACAGCCACAAGUACAUGUUUGCCCUGAAGCAGUUCAGGGCAAAGAUUCUUGCAGUUCCCAAUUUUUUAAUCGAAUUAUGGGCUGAGUGAGGUGAGGUAGGAGUAGGAUAGGAAAUUCUCCUUAAAACUUUCCAGCAAUUUCUUUAGCUUUUUAUGUUUAAAAUGGACAGGUCGUCCCUUGGGUCACUGUGGUUGAUAGCAACUGUAGUCAUAAAGAUUUGCCCUCUUCCUUUUUAGUAACUUGCUAAUUAAUCAUGGAGUAAAGAGAAUAAAUGCUCUGAGUCACUGAGAAAAAAAGAAGGUCUCAGCAAUCACAAAAGAUAAACUCAUGCAAUUUGUAGUAACAUGGAUGGAGCUGGAAGGGAUCAUGCUCAGCGAAGUAAGCCAGAAAGAAAAAGAAAAAUACCAAAUGGUCUCACUUAUAGCAGG